UAGGAACAGUCAGGGGUCUCAUCUCUGCACAAGUAAAAUACAACCAUGUCGGACGCGGUGGUUAGUUUCUUGAAGGACUUUUUGGCCGGUGGCGUUGCCGCUGCCAUCUCCAAAACAGCUGUCGCUCCCAUUGAGAGAGUCAAACUGUUGCUGCAGGUCCAGCAUGCCAGCAAACAGAUCACUGCAGAGAUGCAGUACAAGGGAAUCAUGGACUGUGUGGUCAGGAUCCCAAAGGAACAGGGCUUUAUUUCCUUCUGGAGAGGCAACCUGGCCAACGUGAUCCGUUACUUCCCCACCCAAGCCCUCAACUUCGCCUUCAAAGAUAAGUACAAGAAGAUCUUCCUCGGUGGUGUGGAUCAAAAAACACAGUUCUGGCGUUACUUCGCUGGUAAUCUCGCGUCUGGCGGUGCCGCAGGUGCAACUUCGCUCUGCUUCGUCUACCCUCUCGACUUCGCCAGAACAAGACUCGCUGCCGACAUCGGCAAGGGCACAGCUGAGAGAGAGUUCACCGGUCUUGGAAACUGCAUCAGCAAGAUCUUCAAAACCGAUGGCCUCAAGGGUCUUUACCAAGGAUUCAACGUGUCAGUGCAGGGUAUCAUCAUCUACAGAGCGGCCUACUUCGGAUGCUUCGACACAGCUAAAGGUAUGCUGCCAGAUCCCAAAAACACACACAUCGUCGUCAGCUGGAUGAUCGCCCAGACUGUCACUGCUGCAGCUGGUAUCAUUUCAUACCCCUUCGACACCGUCAGACGUCGUAUGAUGAUGCAGUCUGGACGCAAAGGAGCUGACAUCAUGUACUCGGGCACAAUCGACUGCUGGAAGAAGAUCUUAAAGGACGAGGGAGGAAAAGCCUUCUUCAAGGGUGCCUGGUCCAACGUGAUCAGAGGCAUGGGUGGUGCCUUUGUGUUGGUGCUGUACGACGAGAUCAAGAAGUACACAUAAACUGUCUAAUCUCCCAGUCCCCAAGGAAACCCUUCACUUUGUUUAAGUCUUAAUUCCUGUAAUAGAGUGCUAACAGCUUGUGGUGGUUUACAAUGUGGCAAUGUACAGGUACUCGACCUGGGUUUACAUGCCCCCUCAGAAAUAUGUAUAUAUAUAUCCCAUCUACAACGCACAAACAGUGUUUCAGUGUGACAAAGUCAAGCCAGUGUUUCAGUGGAGAUGUUGUGAUGAUGCAGGAGAUGAUGUCACUACCUGUCAUAUGUCAGAGUCAGUUGGUAGAGCAAGUUGCUAAAGCCCAUGUGGUGUUAUGUUGUGACCACUGCACUCUGACCCAAGUGUCCCACCUCACACAUUAUUUUAUUAAGAAUAAAGAUUUCUUAGUCUUA